AACGGGUUCAGGCGCAUCACUGAGGCAGCUCAGAGGAAAAGAUGGCUGUGUUGCUACGAGUGCUGCUUUUUGCUGCUCUGAUCUUUCUGAGCUCUUCAGAAGUUCCGAGCGACUCCACUAAACUCAAAGAGGUCUUCCAGAAAGGAAUCGAUCUAGCAGUCCAGCAGGUCAACUCACACACCGGACUCCAGAACCAUUUCCUCUUCUUCAAAACUGUGGAACAGUCUUCCAUCGAGUCCGGGUUUGGUGUGAUCUAUAUUUACCAACAUUUUUACCUCAAACCCACAAAAUGCAGCCGUGGAACCGAGAAUGCUGACCCAAAAACAUGUGCAUUCAGGAACGAUCGAGAGCAACUGAAGAGUAGUGGAGUGUUUAAAGUCGAAGAGAAAACGAUUGAGUCUUCAUAUUUCAGCAGUGAUUGUCCUCUUAUCGACUGUGCUAUCUGCUAUAAGACACAUGCUUGGGAAAUCGAGAAAGAUCCUAAACCCUAUGUCCACUGUGUCCAUAAACCUGCGCUGACCGAGGAGAUGAAGAAGGGUCGUGUGGAGCACUGUCAGAAGGGGGUGUAUGGCAGCGGAACGGCUACUCUUCUGACCUCCAUCGGGAAACCGUAGCUGAUUCCACAUCCUGCAUUUCAGAGACGGCAUUUCCUGUUUGCUGUGAUUUUACAGUUGUUUACGUAAUUAUUAUAAACACACAAGAUCUGUCUACAAGAUCUGCAGUUUAAUAAUUUAGCCGCAAUAAAGAACAACACUGUAAUAAUGAGACAUAAAUGAAUAUGAAUAAUUUACAUUUAUAGUUCAUUAAAAAAAUAUGACUUAUUUGCUUACUUUGUGGCCUAUAUAGCUCUGUAAUAGACACUGCUUUCUCAUUUUCAUUAUUACAUAUGCUUUAAUGUAUGUUUAAAUGUUUAAAUAUGUUUAAUUGCUCUGUAAUAGAAAAAAAUAUAUGUUUACACUUUACUUGGAUGGUCCAUUGGAGAUGCCUCAUAGAUGCUUAAGAUGCUCAAAGGUGAUUGUAAAUGACUCUCUAUGGAAUGUAACCCUAUAAUCAACCCUAACCCAAACUGUAAUCUUAACAUUUUAGGUUUAGUGGUUUAGGUUAAGCUAUGUGUUAGGGUUAGAUAUAAGGGUUGAUUCAUGAGGUUUAACUUUGAGGCAGGGUUAGGUUUAAGGUUGUGUUCUAUAGAUAACUGUUAACAUUCAACUUAGGGUUAUGUUGCAUUUAGUAGACAUAUAGUUUUCUCUUAGUUGAAUGUUAGGCGAGCAUCUUUGAGGCAUUUUUAAUGGACCAUCUAAAAAAGUGUUGCCAAAAAUAUUUGCUUUGUUAAUAAUCAAUAAAGAACAUUUGCUAAAUGUCCUUUCCCAGAUAGCAAAAGCGAUCUGGCCCGGAUCCUGCACAAGUCAAAACGGAUCUGGCCCAGUGUCCUUUUGCACAGUGGGUUGGGAUCAAUAAAGACUUUGUCUAUCUAUCU